GCAUGAGUCGCUGAGUCUUAUUUCUCCCGUGUGAUGGCUUUCUCGCUCAGUGGCUUUUGAGGCGCUCGACUCGCAUAUAAUAGGCGGCUCCCUCACGCUAGUGAAGAGUGUGUUAGGCGAGUGUGAAGUGUGAGUGUGUGGACCAUGGCCCUGACCACCGCUGAACUUAGCGAGGUCACCAGUCUCUCGCUAGCCCCCGCCCACACUGUCGACUCACACCGUCGACUUUCAUUCGACGCCAAGAGCCACCGGGACUUCGAGAACGCCUUCGGCAGCGAGAGUCAGUACAGUUACCAGGAGAGCGGGCCGCAGGAGGCCAAGUACUCUCUGGAGGCCACCAAACCAGACCUCGCCACAGAGCUUAAGCGCUCCGAAGCCUCCACCAAACUGGUGUUGGAGAGAUUUGAGGGCGGCGGGGCCGGCGGCGGGUCACUUGUGGGUGUAGGGGCGGCCGCCGCCACCCUCACCGUCACCCCCACCUGCGCCUCCCACACCAUAGACGCCAUCCUAGGCCUCAGGAGCAACCUGAAGGGGGCGCCCUCCCCACCUCACCUCCACGGCCUCAACAACAACACCUCCACCAAUAACAUGAACGUGGCGUCGCCCUCUCCCACCAACAGCAGCGGCAGCGGCGGUGGCGGCAGCGGCGGCGGCGGGCGGGGCGGCAGCGGCGGCGGCGGGUGUCGGGAAGACGGCGCCGACACAGACGAUUCUACCAGCGCGACUCCGACAGAUGAGUGCGGACGAGGCCUGGGAGGCGGUGGUGGAGGCAGCGAGAGUGGACUUGCAGAGUCCCCCGGGCAGGAUCUAGCCGGAGACGCCAAGAAGAAGCAUCGCAGGAACCGGACUACCUUCACCACCUACCAACUCCAUGAGCUGGAGAGGGCCUUCGAGAAGAGCCACUACCCCGACGUCUACUCCAGAGAGGAGCUCGCUCUGAAGGUCAACCUUCCCGAAGUACGGGUACAG